GAAUCAGAUUCCCAAGAAACGCGCAGACGAAAUUUCCACCAUAAUUUGCUAAAAUUUUGAGAACAUGGCAUUCAAUCAGGUCCUCAGGGGUCAUUUCUUCCUAGAAUAGCAGUAAAUCUUCUUCUAUAUUACAAAUGCAGGAAGAACAUGGUUCUGUAAGGUAGAAUAAAUUCGAAAUGUUUAAUUGAAAAAAUUCUCAAGGUAGGUCAUUGGUGAAUAAUGUGCAAUUUGCAGAAUUGCAGUAAACUACUUUCUAUUGGAAACAUACUCCCCGCGACAGGAUUAGUUGUCGCAUUAUCUCAAUUUCAUACAUCAUAUUCCAUUUCUGUGUUGGAGAUGUAACAUCAUUUUGCAGACAUAAUCAGAAUCAGAUAUAACAAUUUCAUACAUCAUAUCUCCAAUCUGUGUUGGAGAUGUAACAUCAUUUUAUACUCAGAUAUAACAAACAAUUCAGGAAAAUAAAAAGAUUUUCCCUUCGGGCCUGUACUGCUGUACAACAGUAAAAACAGUAUUCACUUUUGAUUCAUGCCUAUUAUUUUGAUGCCAUCUAUUCUGUAUAACAUGAGGCAACGAGGUUGCACCGAUAAUUCAAUGGACAAGGAGCAAUCUUCAUAGAGCAGUCAGUCAACAAAUAAACUGAUGGGUAAUUUUUGCAGGAAAGAAAGGAACAGAUUUAAAGAUUCAGCUGUUUUGGCAGCUCAAACUCACUUUACUGUGACUGAGGUGGAGAGCUUAUACGAGUUAUUCAGAAGGUUGAGCAGUUUAGUUGUUGAUGACGGCUUCAUUAGCAAAGAAGAAUUCCAACUUGGGUUGUUCAGAAACAGAAGAAAACAAAGUCUUUUUGCUGAUAGGAUGUUCCAGCAGUUUGAUUCAAAGCAUGAUGGUUUAAUAGAUUUUGAAGAGUUUGUCCAAGCUUUGAGCACCUUCCAUCCAAAUGCAACCCAGACUGAAAAAGCUUUUUGUGCAUUUCAUCUAUAUGAUGUAUGGGAUACUGGUUACAUAGAGCCUGAUGAGGUUAGAGUGAUGAUUUUGGCUUUCCUAGACGAGUCUGAUUUACUCCUUUCAGAUGACAUCAUCCAAACAAUAAUCGACAAGACAUUUGAAGAAGCAGAUUUUAAAGGUGACGGGAAGAUUGAUCUGGAAGAGUGGGAGGCUCUUGUAGCUAGAAAUCCUUCCAUACUGAAGAAUAUGACAAUUCCAUAUUUGAAGGACAUUCCAACUGGAUUUCCAAGUUUUAGACACAGAAAUGAUACAGAAUCAGAAUCCAAGAUGUAUUAAGAAAGCAUAUAACAUGAACUAUAUUAUCAUAUAUCAAUGUCAUUCGCAAGAAACUAUACAGAAUUGUCUCCCUUGAGAGAAUAUUG